AUGAAGCCUCCAAUUCUGAUGUUUACUGUGCAUCUGUUAUGGCUGAAAGGCUGUCAGUGUGCACCUACUUGGAAAGACACAACUGAUCUCAGUGAAAACCUAAAGAGCUUGUCUGUGGUUGGAGAGCAAUAUGUAGAUGAAGAGGUGAAGAAAGCUUUGAUUGGAAUUAAGCAGAUGAAAAUCAUGAUGGAAAGAAAUGAAGUAAAACAUAAGGAGCUAAUGAAAACCUUGAAGAAAAGCAGUAAAGAAAAACAGGAGGCCCUGCAACUUAUGAAUGAAGUCAAAGAAAGACUGGAGGCGGAGGAAAAGCGAUGCCAGGUGUCUUUGACAGGUUUAUGGGAUGAAUGCAAGUCUUGUCUGGAAAGCAGUUGCAUGAGAUUUUAUACAACCUGCCAACCAAGUUGGUCCACUGUGAUAAAUAAGAUUGAAAGCUUUUUCAAGAAAAUGCCUCAAUUAAUUUUUCCUUUUCAUGAGGAUGAAGCAAAAGCUCUUCCUGUCACUGAAAAGUUGGAUGAGGAGGAUACUCAGCUAUCCCAAAUGGAGGGCACAUUCAACCAACUGACCAUGGAUGUGAACACACUAUUCGACAGGAGCACCGAUGUCUUCAAACAGAUACAGAAAGAAUUUGACCAGGCUUUCCAAACAUACUUCAUCUCAGACACAGACUUAACAGAGGCCUACUUACUUCCAGCUUUAUCAGAGACAACCCCCCAAAACACAAGUCUUCUGAAAAGCUGGGACAUACCCAAUUUCUUUCAGCUAUUUUUUGAUUUCAGCAAAUCAAUUUUGACAGGUAUUGGUGAAACGAUUACUGAAAUGCUAAAAGGAAUGAAGAAUUUACCAGAACAAGUGAAAGAGCCUGACAAAGCAGGAAUGUUUUUGGAGGUUUUCCCUGGACACAACAGAGUACCAUGUAAAGAGCUUAGCCAGAAUUUGUCUGGAUGUUCUGAAUUUCAAGAAAGAUGUCAAAAAUGCCAAGAAAACCUCUUGCAAGACUGCCCUGAUGUCCCUGAGCUGCACAUGAAGUUUGAUGAAGCCUUUAAACUGGUUAACAUUUCUGAGCAGCAAUAUACCCAGAUUUUCCAGAUGACCCAGCAUCACAUGGAAGACAUGAUAGCCAUGAUGGGGAAGAUGAGGGAGAAGUUUGCAUGGGUGACUGAACUCUCUCACUGGACCAGAGGAUCAGAAAAUAUCUUCAAUAUUAUAAAGGUAGCUCCAAGAAUUGGUGAAGAAAAGUCUGCUAAUUCAAAUGGCACUCUGCUUGAAGUGAGCAUCCUAACUUCACCUACUUUCACCAUCAAAGUCCCCCAGGAUGUCAGCAUGGAGAAUUCUGACUUCAUUGAGUAUGUCGUUGGGAAAGCUUUACAGCAUUACAAGCAACAUUUUUGAGCCUGAUGAGAUGAUCUGAUACAGCUGACAUCUGGGAUCUAGACAUACCCCUCCGUCUGAGGUCCCAGAAUCGUGAAACAGAUGAGAAAGAUGUGAUGAAUGCACUAAAUAUGUGAUUUUAUGGUGGUAAAAUAUUAGUUUUGAAUGCCAUGAAAAACUGAGAAUUGAUUAAUUUUCUAUUGUAGUUUAAUAGCUGUUCAAAACAUGCUUUAAGUUAAAAAAAAGUAUAGUUAGUGUAUGGAUGCUCUAUAUUUUGUGGGUUUUGUUUAAAAACUAAAUAAAUGAAGAUCUAGUCUCUGAAAUGUCUGUUUUACUAAUAUGUUGGGGGUUUUCCUUCUUUUCAGUCUUACAUUUAUAAUAUGCAUUGACACUGUAGUAUUUUCCUUUAACAUGGCAAUAUUUUAAUGAAAAACACAUGCUGCUUUUGGUUGACAUCUAAUCAUUCUGUUGAGGUUUAGAGGUUUAGGGGUGCUGGGACCUCAAAAUCACAACACUCGGGUAUUGCCUGAGUGAAUUUGACCCAAUUCUUCUUUCAGCCAAAGACAAGGUUUAUUAUAGAUCAUCCAUAUUGGCUAGACUCUUAAGAAUCUAAACAUU